CCCAAUUCGCUGCCUCUCUCUCACUGACUCUGUCUCUCUCUCGUUUGCUCCUUGCUCUCUCUCUCGACCCUCCUCUCUCGUUUGAUCCCUGCUCUCUCUCUCUCUCUCUCUCUCUCUCUAUUUCUCCCUCUCCCUCUCCAACAGCCCAUGCAUCAUCUCCCUCUCCCUCCUACCUAGGGUUUUGGCAAACCCUUUACCUAGUGUUUUCUCGUUCUAGCUCGCGCGUUGCAGGGGAGUCUCCACAAGAUCUCAGUUUGUUUGAGUUGCCUAAACAAUUUUCAUGGCAAAACGGAGAGCCAAGAAAACAAUUAAAGAACAACAUUCAACACUUGAGAGAGAUUCCAACAACACCCAGGAGGAGCUGCCAGCACCAGUUGAGAAGCAACUAUGUACGUUCAGCAAUCAUGAAGUGGAACGCCGAAUUACUGCCAUUCAGGCUAUUCGUGAUGCAGAGAUUGAGCACUUGCUGACUCAAUUACGUUUGCUUCGCUCCUACUUUAGCAAGGAACAAUUGGAAACCCCUGCCCUACAAUUUUUUGCAAAAAAUCUGCCUAGCUUGUCUGUGGUAAAAAAUGAAGAAGAUGGGCAGUUCGAACUGGAAUGGAAGUCUAAAGAUAAUAAUCCACCAAUUAGCUAUGAUGAUGAAAGAAAUGGGUGUGCAUCCUUUAUGCAGCGGACAUCCAUUGGAUAUCCUGAUUGCAGUGAUGCUUUCCCAGCUAUCAGCGGCUUUCAAUUUUCAAGUGAAGCAGUGAAAACAAACUUUUUGGAGGCUGCAAGCCUGCACAUCCAAGAUUUUGGUUUGGAGGAACUAUCACAGACUCAAAUGCUAGGAUUUCAAGAUGCUUUCCAAACUCCUGGGGUGAAUAGCCAAAGAUUAUCUGUUGGUGUGACACCAAAAACUCUAAGACUGCCCAAGAAUGGAGAGAUGCUUCUAUCUGUUCGUGGGUCUCCUCUUGGGGUGUACAGGGAAGAAGAUAACAUGGAAGCCAUACACGAGUCUGAGGAGGGUUGACAGGUUCUUAACCAUUUUCAAUUUCUAUCGGUGGAUUAAAGAUUGCUGUAAAAUCAAGAUGGGCAUUCAACGUCCUCUUGACAGUUAUGUACCAGUAACAACAUUGCAUUGCUGAUUAUGUGAAAAUUUGCUUUUGGUUCUUGUUCA